AUGGAUUUCCAACCGAAACUCUCUGCUCCCGAAGCAAAGCCCGCGGUUCGGCUGACUUCGCAGAACUUUUUCGCACCCACCGCCAACCAGCACCACGUCGCAGCACCGACACCAGCGCCGAUCGCGGUCCAUUCGCUGCCGAAACCUUCGCCGGCAGCCCUAGCACCGACGGGAGCACCUAUUCUGUCCUCUGUGACACCUCCGCAACUUCAACUGAAACAGCACCAGGUCCGCUUUGUACCCGAGCAGCGCACGGAGCUACAGUUUGCUCCGGUUCCGCUGAAAGUUCCACUGGUCCGGCCAUUUAUCCCGCCAGCACGUGAAGGAGGUCCUGCGGCACCAUUCCUACAGCCCACUAGCCUCGGCCGGCACGUAUCGUUCCCGAUGGAUCAGGGCCCCAGACCACCGAAUCCGAUGAUGGGGCCUGGCGGGCCGCAGAUGAUGCGACCCCCCCUGGGACCACCGAUGCGUACCGGAACACCACCGCAGCUGCAACCCGGUGGUCCCCGGCCAAUGUUUGUCGGUGGCGCCCAUCAGCAGCCCCCGGGCGUUCCCAUGCCCAUGCGGCCACCGAUGCCACCCGGGACGGGAGUGCCUGGAAUGCAGCCACAACGCCCUCCGUCGGCGCCCGGUAUGCAGCGACCCCCGAUGAUGAUGGGACAACCGUCCCCCAUGCGACCUCCACCACCCGGGAUGACCGGCGGUGGGCCGAGGCCAACGAUUUCACCCCAAAACUCGAACCUAGGCGGCGGCGGCGGCGGCGGCGGCGGCGGCGGACCACCAUUUCCACCGAGCGGCAUGAUGGGAGCGGCACGUCCGCCAGGUCCUUACGGCCCGGUGCCCGGAGCCACAGAGUUUAUGCAGGGCCCACUGCCCGCCAACAGUAGACCGCCGUCGACGACAAACGUGCGGCCGGCGUUCUUCAACCGCCCGGCGGAUCUGCCCCCGUCGGCCACCCAUUCGAUCAACGACGACGAUGACGACGUGGUGAUCGGUAAGAUUACGCCCGAGAGUCCGCAUCCGGCCAAUCGCGGGCCGCCGAGAAACUUCACAAUGCCCACCGGCGGUCCGAUGGGUGAGCGGGAAAAGUCCAUCCCAUCGCGGCCACCGUCCGUUGCUGGGAACUACAAGCAGCCAGCGAACGAUCAGGAGUCGACCGACGGACUGCCGACCGCCGCGGGUAGACCGCCACUGCACGCCCUGAAGGACUUCCUGCACAAGGAGCCUCCGCAGCGAGCCGGACAAUCACCCGGACAAUCGCCGUCGCCCGGCAGCCAGCAACUAUCGCCGGCCAAUACGGACGAAAACUUUAGCUUCCGCCCGGGGCCCAAACCGCCUGGCCAGCCCGGUCAGCUGCCCCAGCAGCAGCAGCAGCAGCAGUACAAAGUGGGUCCCUCGCCCGGUCGAGACGGUGUCACGUUCCAGCUACCCAACGGCAAGGAUGGACCACCGCCGGAGUGGAACAGUCGAUCGAGACCUCCUCAGCAGCAGCCGGUCGGUAGAAGCAUGGGCCCGAUGAAGCCCGCGGACCAGCAUCAUCACAAAGGUGACAACGACAGUGGCGUCGACGAGUACACUCAGGAAAAGGAUCGCUCCAAUGCGCCAACAUCGCCCGCGUCGCCACUGAAGUCACCGAGCAAGAUACCGGCCCUAGCGAGGAGACCAGACAACAUUGGGUCCGAGAGCCGAUCGCGCAGUACCUCGAAGCAGCGUGCCAACGCGAAAACACCGGAAACGCCCUCGGAGCAGCCGCUAAUCAAAAAAGUACCAAUGAACAAAAUACAGGUCGGUGGGGCACCGUCACCUAAUCUGAAGGUAGUGAAGUCGAAGAUUGGCUCGCUGGAAAACACCAGCCAUAAGCCGGGCGGCGGCAAUGUGAAGAUCGAGACGAAAAAGAUCGACAUCAAGGCGUCGGCACGGAUCGAGGCGAAGAACGACGCGUACAUGCCCAAGGGUGGCGACAAGAAGAUCAUCAACAACAAGCUGCAGUGGGUCGCGAAGCCCAAGAUCGGAUCGCUCGACAAUGCGGCGCACAAGCCGGGCGGUGGUGACAAGAAGAUCGAAUCGAUCAAGACCGACUUCAAGGAGCGGGCGAAGCCCAAAAUUGGCUCCAAGGACAACAUGACCUACAAGCCGGGCGGCGGUGACAUUAAGAUCGUGCACCAGAAGCUGGACAUCAAGGCGGAAAGCAAGAUCGGAUCGCUCGACAAUCUGAAGCACAAACCGGGCGGCGGCGACAAGAAGAUCUUCGACGAUAAGGAGUAUCUGAAGAAUAUCGAACACCCCAUCACGCCGAGCCCUUCGACGCAGCCCGACGGAACGGAUGAAUGCAGCUACGAUAGCAGCGCUGAGCCGGCAGAGCUGCAGUAGUGCGUAGUGUAGUCCCGCUGCCACCGCCGCCGCCACCGUAGAUGAUCGUUGGUCGUCACGUAGAUGCCGCGCCACACGGAGUGCGUGCCGCUUCCGUAGCAUCACCGCUGCACGAGGCCAUCGAUCAAUCGAGCACGCCAUUUGGGUUCAUGCACGCCACGUAGCUUCCGCCAACGAAGGCAACGCUCGACAAAAUAUGCACCUGUUUGUUUGUUUAUUCGACGCCCCCUUUUUUCAUGUGUGUUUUGAGACGUUCAUUGGCCAUGUUUUCAUCCUGAUUGUUUACUCUUUUCGUUUACUAUCUCUUACUGUUUUGCUCUUACUUGCGACGAUUGUUUUAUGAUUUUGUAUUGUUUUUUUCCUUUUU